CGAACCGUUCCAGGCUUGUUGAAUUUUACAAGCAAUACAACCCCGAGAAGCUGAACAUGGUGGAUCAGAUUCUGAGUGCCUACGCUGGAAGAGAGGAGCAGUUGUUCAGUGAGCUUGAGGCAAGGUAUGGACCUGCAAAAAAGAGCUCUACCCCUGCCGCUUCUACGCCUAAGAGUCCCAAGCCUCGUGUGGCAAAGUCUCAGACUGCGGGAGAUUAUUUUGGUCAGGAUAAUCCUGUGAUUCGUGAAAUCACUCAGCGUGUGCAGAGAAUUUAUUCCGAAAAGAUGCGACCCAUCGAAGAAACUUACAUGUACGACAAGUUUUACGAGACCCUCAUGAACGAUGUGGACUUUGAGGCGAAGCCGAUGGUGCUUCUGAUUGGUCAGUACUCCGUCGGUAAAACUUCCUUCAUUCGCUACCUGCUUGAAUGCGACUACCAGGGAAUGCGUGUAGGACCGGAGCCCACCACGGACAAAUUUAUCUCUGUGAUGUACGGAGACACGGAGCGUGUGAUUCCGGGAAAUGCUGCUGCCGUGUCCGCGGACCUUCCGUUCAAUUCUCUGCAGCAAUUCGGCUCUGGCUUCCUCAACCGCUUCGAGGUGGUGCAGGUUCCCUCUCCCGUGCUGCGGUCGAUCACAUUCAUCGAUACGCCCGGUGUCUUAUCGGGAGAGAAGCAGCGAUUGAACCGAACGUACGACUUCGCGGAGGUGAUCCAUUACUUCGCGGACCGUGCAGAUCGAAUUCUGAUCCUGUUCGACGCCCACAAGCUCGAUAUUAGUGAUGAAAUGAAGGCUGCCAUUGAGGCGCUGCAUGGCAACGACGAUAAGAUCCGCGUGGUGCUGAACAAGGCCGAUAGUGUGGAGAAGCAGCAGCUGAUGCGAAUUUAUGGAGCGCUGAUGUGGUCUCUGGGCCGCGUGAUCAAGAACCCGGAGGUCACGCGUGUGUACCUCGGCUCCUUCUGGGACCAGCCGCUGCGGUACGACUAUUUCAAGGAUUUGUUUGCCGUGGAGCAGAUGGAUCUCUUUGCCGAUCUCCGCGGCCUGCCCGGCAAUUGCUUGCUUCGCAAAAUCAACGACCUGGUGCGUCGUGCUCGCGUGUCGAAGGCCCACGCGCUGCUGCUGUCGUAUCUCCGAAAGCAGAUUCCCAAGAUGUUCGGCAAGCAAAAGAAGCAGCAGGAGCUGCUGGACCAGAUGCCCGAAAUCUUCCAGAUGAUCCAAACGGAGUACCGUCUUCCGCCCAGCGAUUUCCCCAAUCUGGACCGAUUCCUGCAAGUCGUGGCCAACAUGGAUUUCAGCACGUUCCCCAAAUACAAGCCCGAGUUGUUCGACGCGUUGGACGAGGUCUUGGCUCACGAUAUCCCCGAGGUGAUGAACAUGCUUCCCAAGCCGCAGCAAGGCGAGGAGGACGAGAACCCCCAGGCAGAGAAUCCCUUCGCCGAGGUGGAGCUCGAGAAGGGAGUCGCUACUUGGCGCAUCACCCAGGCUCACAAGCAGGAGUGCGAUAAUGUGUUUGCUACGCUCAAGCAGAACAAUGGAAAGGCUUCUGGAAGCGCUGUGAAGGCGGUUUUGAUGAAGAGUGACUUGGAGAUGAACGAUCUCCGCAAGAUCUGGGAGCUGGCCGAUAUUGAUGCAGAUGGAAAGAUGGACGCUGGAGAAUUUGCUGUUGCCAUGUGGCUAGUGAACGAAAAGAUGGCUGGAAAGCCGCUUCCCGAUGUUCUGCCUGAGGACCUCAUUCCUCCUAGCAAGAGAUCAACUCAUGUUUUCUAA